GUUGAUUAGUUUAAAUAUAGUUAUAUAGUUUAAAUUUUAAUAUUCUUAAGAAAUGAUUCACAUAACAUAUUCUUUUGUUUUAAUUCUUGGGAUUGAUUUUUAUUUUGGUAAUGUUUUUGGAAACAUAAUUUUAAUUGGCCAAGAAGGUGUGAUGGAUAUUAUAACAAAUGAAGGGGGUUAUAAUUAUCAAGCUAAAAUGAUGGAUAUAUCAAGAAGUUUGAAUUUUUUCAGAAUUCUACAGUGUGGACCUUUAACGAUUGAAUUUGUGAAUGAGAAAAAAAUUUUUGCAGAAAUCUUUUUGAUUUAUAAUGAACAGUCUGUUAAAUAUCCAAAAAUCGAAACAAAUCUUAAAAUUACUUUUGGAAAAAAUAACAUUAUUUUAAAUCACAAUAACAAACAAGAAGAAUUCUCAUACAACGAACAUGGUAUUAAUCUAUUGCAGCAAUCUAUUCUAAUGUUAAACAAUAAAAUUCAUUUCAAAGUAGUUAAAAUCUAUGAGAGUAAUCUUCCUAAAAAUAGAACUUUAGCUCAUUCUACGGUUUAUGAGUUAAAUAUAAAAAUAAAGCUAGAAAUGUUAGAAAAACUGUCUUUAUGGAAAUAUGUGAAAGAGGAGAUUGUUAACUGUGAUAUUUCUACUCAACCCUAUAUAACACUUGAAGAUUUCAUUAAUAACUCAACAACAUAUAAUAAAUAUGUUGCAUUUACUCUUCAGGAAGCACUAAGAAUCAUGAAUGAUCGAACUUUUAAGUAUGCGUUUUUACUAGUCAUAUAUGCCUAUAUGACAUUAAAAAAUGAUUUUGAGAAAACAAUAGACUGGGAAUCAUUCCAAAUAGUUUCUAAAAAAUUGAGCACCGCACAAAUUUAUCCGAUAAUAUCCAAUAACAUACAUUAUGACUUACGUUCUGACUUUCCAAUAUUACAAAAAGGUAUUGAAUCAGGUCAAUGUGAGGAAAUUGUGAAAAAAAUCAUGUUGAAAUAUACAAAAUUAUUCUUAACACCCAUGGAAAUAAAUGAUUUAGCAAGGACUCGCAGAUUAUCACAAAAUGUAUUAAAUAAAGUAUUUCGGGGAUUUCCCAAACCUCACGAAAACGACGUUAUCUCAUACAAUUUUGAGACUAUACCAAAUCGACUAAAUGAUAUAAAGACAAAAUUGGAGAUAAUUUUAAGGCUAAUUAACACAGAAUACAAGGAAAUGUUAAAUAUAACAUAUUAUAUUAAAGUAAAUCAGCUAACUCACCAAUAUUAAAUUAUGCAGGAUGAGUAAUUAAAUUUUUGACUAUGUUUCAAUUUAUUUUUUUUUAUUAAAUUUACUUUAAAAAAAUAAAAUAUUCUCUUUAUUAUGAAAGAGAG